GCACCCUGCUUAUCCCCUGCUAGGCUUACUCUAAUAUCUUUUGAUCGCAAUGGGCUUCAAGACAGUUGCUUCCAUGAUUUUCGUUGCCGCUUUGUUGGCUGGCAGGAUCGUGCAUGCUACGCCAGUACCACAGAUACAGCUUCCGGGAGGAGGUACCACCAUGUGUGGUGGACUUCAUUGGACGGGGCCAACCACCUGUGCUGCAGGGCUCAUUUGCGUGAGGUAUAAUGAAUACGCAAGCUUCUGCCAACCUGCCGACUCGCCGAUCACGAGAACGCUUACGGGUGCACCUACUAUUCCUGUCCCUGCACCCACAGGAAUUCCCCUACCUCCCGGCAUCCCCAUUCCUCCGGUUAUCCCAAGGCCUUAGCCUAUUCUCCUCACACAGGACAGGGAGAUAGCGGCGACAACUAUGACGUCAUGAAAUAGGAGGCGUAUCUCCGGAAAACUAAAGUCCUCUUCAGUUACGAGCAUCGAAAUGUUAUCACGAUUUUAAGGAUAUAUAAACGAGAUAGUUUCAGCUUCCUAGUUUAAGGUACUUAUUGCCGUUUAUGCGUGUCUUCGACUGUAGUAUAGUGUUUUUUGAAUUCGAAGGCAUCUCUCCUG